GUGCAGGCUCCCUGCGCAGGCUCCCUGCGCAGGCUUCCUGCGCCGGCGCGCGGAGCGGUGCAUUUCGGGACGUAUAGUUUCCCCGCGGCACUGUGGGAGUCGUGGUUUGUGCACGGCCCCGGAGCUGGAUCCUCCGCGGCCUGGAGCUAUGGGACGGAGGUCCCCAGAGGGGAGUCACUUACCAGAGCGAGUAGGCCCUUCAUCCAGAGCUCAAGUCUUCUGACUCGUGGGAACAGUGGGACCUGCCCCAACGGGGUUCCCUCUCCUCCUUGUCUGCGUGGCCCACACGACCAGGAGUGAACUCCCAGUUGGUCCAGCAUGAACUGGAAGGUGCUUGAACACUUCCCCCUGCUGCUGUAUAUCUUGGCGGCGAAAACACUAAUCCUCUGCCUGGCGUUUGCUGGAGUCAAAGUCUACCAGAGGAAACGAUUGGAAGCAAAGCAGCAAAAGCUGGAAGCUGAGAAGAGGAAGCAGGCGGAGAAGAAGGAGAGCUAAAGGGGAGUGAAAGGAUCUUGUCUUCUGCCCCGGGCUUAGUUGUCCCACAACAUGUGGGAUCUAGGCUCCCUGCUUGGAGAUGGGACCCACGUCCCCUGCCUUGGAAAGUGGGUUCUUAACUACUGGACCACCAGGGAAGUCCCCCAGAUGGGUGAUUUCUAUUUCCUCACACCCUCCCCACUCUUCGUAGCCUGGCCUCUGUUCUCAGCGUGUCCUCUUGAAGACUUGACGACCCACGACUUCGAAGACCAAGAACUGCCUGCCCGGUCCUUGCUCGGGGGUGAUAAAGUGCAGCCCCAGAGCUGCUCUAGAGGUCUGCAUCCUGUCUGCCUUUGACAGAGAGGGCAGCCUUUCUGGGCCUUUGCUUCCUUACUUGUGACAUGGGGAAGAUGACAACUGUUGGGGGUCAUCGAUGUCAAGCGGGUGUUCGAGUGAAGGGCUGAACGAGCAUUCGCGGCUCCCUUCUCUCUCCCCCUCCUCAUUCUACCUCUCCGGAUGCUCCUUCCCAGCCUGGCUUCCGCUUCACCUCCCACUGCCCAUGUUUAAAGUCCCAAAGGAAGUUCAAGGACCAUCUCCUCGGAAUCCCCUGAGGGGCGUUUCAAAUUUGUACACAGAUUACCAGUCUCCCUGCAAGGGUUCUGAUGCAUUGGAUAUGGAGCCCAACCCAGGAACCUGCAUUUUAAACCACCUCUUGUGUGCGAGAACCUCGACCCUCUCUUCCCUGCAGACGCCCCAUCACCCCUGACUUCCCUCCGGGACGGAGGAGACCCACACGAUCUCCGCGCACCCCGGGCCCCUGAGGUGGUUGGGAAGACAUCCUCAAGCAGGUGCGCUCUCUUGGGAUGAGAAUUUCGGAGACAGACUGUCGAGAGGUGACCUUUUAACAAGCACUCCAGACUUUUUGUUUGAAAUAUUUAGCUGCUGAAAUACAUUAUGGACGUCUCUGCCUUGUUAAGCAAACUUUCACCUUUUCUUAACCACUAGAUUCAUCCUGAGCAGGUUAAAAACAAGUGGUAUUCCUGAUUUGGGAUCGGUGAUCAUACAGACGAGGUCCCAAACCUGGCCUGCUGCUCACAGGCUGUCUCUCUUGCUCUGAGGUAUGUCUGCUGCUAACAGCCUUUCUUCAUUUCUGCUUCUAGUAUGACCUAAGCUUGAAACCCAAUCCCUCCUCCCAAAUGUGUUAGGAACUCGUCUAAUAAGAUUACACAAGAUCCUAAGGCUCUCCUGUGUGUGGGGGACACAGAUUUCAGUUCACACUCUUUGAAACAUCUUCCAACUGCCCAGGAAUGGUGUUCUUCUUAUAGAUUCAUUCUCCAUUAUGGUCCAGAGAGUGGCUGGAUAGAUGCAAUCAGAAGGAGUCCUGAGUGUGGGCUUCACCAGUCACUCCAUCCACUGACAUCUCUGUGCAUUCACGUCCAACCAAUUAUUUAAAGUCAAACUACAAAUCUAUUGACUUCAUGUAUAUGGAUUGGAAUAGUAUCAAUAACUCCAACAAGUGAUUAAUUGCACAAACUACCAUACAGUUGCACUCAUUUUUGCAUGUUUAUAAGGUUAUGCUCAAAAUCCUUCAAGUUGGGCUUCAGCAGUACAUGAACUGAAAGCUUCCAGAUGUACAAGCUGGGUUUAGAAAAGA